UUCAAUGAGAGCGUGACAGUGACCGUCAUUCUAGCGUAAUGUAUCCUAGCCGCGGGUAGUGUCCACUUAUAUGUACAAACAAACUUCCUUUAAACUUUUAAAUAUUAGUUUAUUUUAUUUUUGUAAAAAAAUUAUUUAACUGUCAACAUGGACGCCUUAAAAUACGUUUUGUUGUUACUGGCCCUAGCAAAGUAUAGUGAGUCAGCAAAUAUUUUGUACGUGGUGCCUUUUACAGCGAAAUCACAUUUUAUUAUGUUAAGACCUAUUGGCUUGGAGUUAGCUCGGAGAGGACAUAAUGUGACUGUGAUAACUGGGAAUAAGGAACCGAACCCACCGCCGAAUUACCAUCAAAUCAUGGUAGAUAAAAAGGAGAUUUGGGAACUUAUAGGAGGAAGAGGACGACCGAAUGUCUUCAGCAUGGUAAACGUGCCAGCAGAGAAGUUCCACGAGGGCAUUUUAUGGAAAGGAGGCAUAGCUUUUACAGAACUCGUUCUAAAUUCAACAGAAAUCAAAGCUUUUUUGGCAAAAGAUAACAAAUUUGACCUGGUCAUCAGCGAGCAGUUCUUUCAAGAAGCGCUGAAUUUAUUCGCCUACAAAUACAACGCUCCUUUAGUCUUAGUUACGACGUAUGGUAACUGCAUGAGACACAACAUUAUAACAAGAAACCCGUUGCAGCUAGCCACGGUUCUACAGGAGUUCCUAGACGUCAGAGACCCAACAUCGUUUUGGGGUAGAAUGAGGAAUUUGUACUUCUCAAUGUACGAAUACAUUUACUGGCGUUACUUUUAUAUGGAAGAACAGGAACAAUUGGUAAAGAAGUAUUUAAACGAUUUGCCUCAACCAGUGCCUAAUUUGUAUGACGUGGAAAGAAAUGCUUCGCUGAUUUUGGUCAACUCGCAUUUUAGUUUUGAUCCCCCAACUGCUUACCUACCAAAUGUUGUGGAAAUCGGGGGAUCGCAUUUAAGUAAGAGCGAUGCUAAAUUACCAGAGAAUCUUCAAAAAGUAUUGGACAAUGCCAAACAUGGAGUAGUGUACAUGAACUUCGGAUCAAAUGUGCGCAGCUCAGAGUUACCAGAAGACAAAAAGAAAGCAAUUCUCAACGUGUUUAGACGACUCAAACAAACUGUCCUUUGGAAAUGGGAGGAAGACAUUUUGGAGAACAAACCUGAAAAUCUGGUUGUACAGAAAUGGAUGCCGCAGAAGGAAAUCUUGUCACAUCCCAACAUAAGGCUAUUUGUAUCGCAUGGAGGAUUAAUAGGAACACAAGAGGCUACCUUCCACGGAGUGCCAAUCGUCGGAGUACCAAUUUACGCAGACCAGUACAAUAAUUUAUUACAAGUUCAAAACAUAGGUUACGGUAAAAUAUUGGAAUACCACGAAAUAGAUGAAGAAACAUUAUAUAAUAGAGUAAAUGAAGUACUGACGAAUGAUUCUUAUAGAAAGAAGGCUAAAGAAGUGUCCAAAAGAUUCAGGGAUCGACCACUGAAUGCUUUAGAUACAGCCAUGUUUUGGAUUGAGUAUGUUAUAAGAAAUAAUGGAGCAGAUUACAUUAAGAACCCAGCUUUAGAAUUGAGUUGGGUAGCGUCUAACAUGUUAGAUGUAUACGCUUUUAUUUUAAUUUUAGUUCUAGGAGUUGUAUUCGCAACUGUGAAGAUAUUGUCAAUUGUACUAAGCUUAUUUAAGUCGAAGGACUCUAAAAAGCAAAAGAAAAAGCGAUCGUAGAUUAAGUUUUGAAUGUUUGUUAUCUGUUAAAAGUUGAAAUUGUUAUAUUAUAAAUUUAAUUG